AUGAUGGUCACUUUCCCCAACUCUGUAGGGCUGUGCUCCGAUGCAGCCCGUAUAACAACAAGAUUACUGUUAUCCCUUCUCGCAUUCUCGCCCUUAUCUACCGUAGUAGCUACCCCAGAUUCUCUCCCCCGGGCAGCAGCAGUCGCAACGCCUACCCAACCUGGCGAUGUGUUAGGGCCUGGGCCGGUAUUGGGGGGUAGUGGAGCUGCCAAGGGGCCUGGCGCCGGGGGGGGAGGGUCUGAUCUUGUGUUUUCUUUACGCCAUGUCCUUCACCACGGAGCCGAUCACUACCCUUACCAGCUUCGACGAUUAGACAUCCAUCCGGACACUCUAGUUGCCACCGAGGAUGAUCCGCAACUCCGGUCCCGCCCUCGGCAUCGCCUGUCUUCUGGUGCUCGGCCGAUCACGCGUUUGGUGGAUCGGUCUAAAGAAACGGUUGAGGAUAUGCUUUACGCCCACCGAGCUCACAAUCCCAGAACAUUCUCCGACGAUGACUGGACUACCGAAAUCAUUCCGAUGCCCAACAUAACCGAUAAAACAACAGUCUUGAAUCUUGCUCACAUUGCAGCGGAUGCGUAUAUUGAGGCCGAGGGCACGGAGGAUUGGCUAGAUAUCGGGCAACCUUAUAAUUUGACAAGUGAUUUUGGAUGGGAAGGGGACGGGCUCCGUGGCCACAUAUUUGCGGACGAAGCCAACACCACGGUUAUUAUUGGGCUUAAGGGCACAUCCCCCGCUGUUUUUGAUGGGGCGGAAACGACCACAAAUGACAAGAUCAACGACAACCUUUUUUUCUCGUGCUGCUGUGCCAGGGUUUCGUACUGGUGGAAGACUGUUUGUGAUUGUUUUUCCGGAACGGCAUAUACGUGCGAUUCCGUAUGCCUCAAGGAUUCCAUCCUAGCCGAGAAUCGUUACUAUCGCGCAGCCCUGAAUCUAUACACGAAUGUGACGACUAUGUACCCCGAUGCUAAUAUCUGGCUUGUCGGUCACUCACUUGGUGGAUCCGUUUCUUCACUACUCGGUCAGACAUAUGGGCUUCCGGUGGUUACAUUUGAGGCUGUUGGCGAAGCCUUACCGGCUAAACGGAUCGGGUUGCCGAAGCCUCCGAAGGAUAACCCGCGGCAUGCCAAUGGUAUGGCUGUUUUUCACUUUGGGAAUACUGCGGAUCCGAUAUACAUGGGAACGUGUAACGGGCCGACGGCUGGAUGCUCGAUCGCAGGGUAUGCUUUGGAGACUCGAUGCCAUGGUGGAUUCGAGUGUGUGUACGAUGUCGUCACUGACCAUGGCUGGAGGAUGGGCCUUGGGUAUCACAAAAUCCAAGCCGUGAUUAAAGAUAUCAUUGAGAAGUAUGAUGACGUCCCCCAAUGCAUCUUUGAUGAUGGCUGUGAGGACUGUUUCCUUUGGAAAUUCGUCGACGGGAAUAAGACGGCAACUACCACCACCACGAGCGUGUCGACGACCACUUCUACCAGCACUUGCAAAACACCCGGAUGGUGGGGCUGUCUUGACGAAACCACCACAACAACUGUAGUCACGACGACCUCCACAUCUACGGAAACAAAGCCUACAACGACAUGCACUCAUUACGGGUGGUUCGGCAACUGCCUCGAUCCAAGCCCAACAACCACAAUCCCCAUCGUGACUACAACCAAAACCGCAACCACAACUCCCACCAUAACCACCAUUAUCACUAAAACCGCCACAAGGACUAGCGCCACCGCCACCCCAACCGAAACCUGCACGCACUAUGGUUGGUUCGGUGGCUGUCUAGACCCUCCCCCAAACACGAAUUCGAACCCUCCUGUUACACCAACGAGCACUCCCUCGCCAUCACCCCCAGUGGAAAAAUGCCGGAAGUUUUUCUUUUUCGGUCACUGCUCUACCACAUCAGCCCCUGCAUCGACAACCGGAGCACCCUCGCAACAUAUGAAGGGCGCGGAAUGUCAACGUCCCGGGGUGUUUUGGGGGUGUUGGGAUUUGAAUCGGAAUGCUGAACUUUGAUUUGAUGAGUAGUAUGGGCAGUUGCAUCAUUGCUUUUUUAGCAACGGAGUUUUUUUUUUUUUUUUGGUUCUUUUCUGUUCUCUUCCUGAAAUCAAGCCGGUUCAUUGGAGGACUUUUGCUUUUUAUGGCUAUGUAGGUAUGGGGUCUUUAACUCAUUUUGUUAUCCCCCCCCAGAUUGUCUACUAGCGCGGGGUUCGAGCCGCUGUCGGAUAUCUCGCAUACAUGUAAGCUCUGGAAUUUUAGAAUGAGUUUUCCCUUUUUCUUUUCACCAUGAGAAGUUUAGGUCAUGUUGGACACGUACCAAUAAAAAUAAACCGUGAUAUCUUUUGAAAA